AUGGAGCCCAUAUCCUCUCCUGCCGUCAUUAAUACUUUCUUCCUCCUCGCUACUGCAGCCUCUGUCCACCUCUCUUUGUCACCUCCGAAUCCGCCUGUUAAAAGUGACGAAUGCUGUUCCGGAACCGAGGGAACUAAUACACUCUUCGAAAAAUUCGUCCAAUCCAUCACGUAUUGCAGUAAAUGCAUUGCGUGGAUAGGUGCCCUGUGUAACAUUUUGUUCAUUCUUAUCCGGCACCAUGAACUCUUUGUCGACCGGCGGAAAUUGACUGAAAAGUACGCACGGAGCUUCCUACAUGAGGCAGUCCAUCCAGCAAUGGUGAUUGGCGCAAUUUCAGCAGUGCUUGCGACGGUCUUACGGAUGUGGUGUUUCAAAACCCUCGGCCCCUUCUUCACCUUCGAGAUAACUAUUCGCCCUAGACAUGAACUUAUCACGCACGGCCCUUACUCCUGGGUGCGACACCCCAGCUACACGGGCGUCUUUCUGACCCUGUCUGGCGCAACGCUCGCUCUUGGCGCUCCAGGAACGUGGGUUGCCGAAAGUGGCGUCUGGACGCCGCUCGGAUUCGCCGUCGCGGCGUUUUGGUUGUUGAAGUGUGGGUUUGCGUUCAGAAGCAUGUGUGUGAGGCUCAAGGCGGAGGACGCCGUUCUUUGCGAGACGUUUGGCGCGGAGUGGGAGGCGUACGCAAGUCGGGUGCCAUGUAAAUUCAUCCCGGGCAUCGUUUGA